AUGCUUUUGAAAGCUACAGCCCUCCUCGCUGCCGCCAACGCUGUCCUGGCCCAGCGACCAAGCAACACUUCUAUCUGCGACUACUAUACCGAAGCACUACUCAAGGAGAACAAUGCUACCAACCAGUACACUCUUCUUACGUUGUUGGUCAACACAGCCGUCAUCGGCAAUUACACCCAGCCGAAUGUGGGCGUCUCCGUCCCUGGUAUCCUGAACCCUGAUGGCAUGUACAAUGACACCAAGGUUAAUCUUGUUCCUUACUUCAAUGGUGGCCUGGCCUCGUCAAACACCGGUGGCAUGUCUGGUAUGGCUGUCAACUUCCUGGAUGGCGGCGGCGCAGCCCCGUUGAUGAAGAACAUGCCUGCUGCCGACAAUACUUCGAAGCAAUACAAACUGCUCACCCAUCUGUACGAGUUCUUUGGAUCUCUCCUCGGCUGCUCCGAGGUCGGCAUGGCAGGGUUCGCUGCUUAUGCUGGCGAUGGUAGCAUGUAUGAAGUACACAAAUUCAUGGUCCUCGACCCCUUCGAAGUCGGCUACUUCAUCACCCAAGUCGGCCUCUCCGCCGCCUCCUUUGGAGUUGCCCAAUCCGACAUUGACGCCGUCGCCAUGUCACUCGAGAAGCUCUUCGACAACCGCUGCGCCCCCAAGACAACUGCCAUCGAGGCCCAGGGACCGCAGUACCAGAGCAUCUGCACUGAUGAGAAAUGCCCGCUGUCGCCCAACUCGACGUGCGCCGCCCAGCCGUCGAUGGAACAGCCUCUGGUUGCGAAUGCUACUCUGGCUAUGGGCGAGGGUCGUAAUGCUAGCAGUAGCAGCAGCAGUAGUUCUAUGUCUAUGCCGUCGGGGACCUCGAUACCUUCGGGAAGUUCAAUGCCCUCGGGAACUACCACUGGUACGGCCUCACCGAUGCCGACUUCUGAAGGUACUCAGCUCGUACCGGGUAUGGCUGGUCUCGCAGUGAUUGUGGCUGCCGUUCUCUUUGCGCAGUAA